AUGAAUAACCAAGUCGUGUUGCCUCAGAUGAAAUCCAUCUGGCUUGAUGAAGAUCAAGAGGUGGAGAAGCUGUACGGUGGAGUGCGGGCCCAACAAUUCCUUGGGGUAGAUGACGAUGAUGAAGACAUGGGUAUCAAGGUGCUCAACAGUGACAAACCUCUUUUAGAGAACAAGAAAUUCCAAAACGUGGCGAAGUACAGAACCAUGGUGGACAAUGAGAAGACAGGAGCCUCAAAUAUGGCCACCCUCCAUGACAAUAGUGGCAAAAAGAAGAAGAAAUUCUUUGGAAAUUUGUUUAACAUAAGUAUGAGCAAGGAGUCAAGAAGUGGCUCAGCAUCUUCUAGGAAGAUAUCGAAUCCCUAUGAUUUCCAACAUAUAUCUCAUGCAGAUGGGAAAUUGGAUGGCAAGCCACUUACAACAGAGGAGAAACAGAUUCUGGAACAACCUCAUCAAAUGCAAUUACAAUUACCCAUCUUUCAGGACAACUGGGACGUCAAUAAACGUGCUUCGAAAACCAGCGACAAAUUAUCUGUUCCAAAAUCAAGACCUCGUUCUAAUGAGUCAUCUGUAUAUUCCAAUGUGACAGUGGACACUGGACGAAUUGUCUCCUCGGCCACUAUGGCUACGACCUUUUUGGAAAGGACCCCUUCGUUUGAUAAAUUACAUUGUAAGUCAGCAAAGAAGAUGAACCAUUACAGAAAUCAAUCUGAUCAAAGUGAUGUCUCAGUAGAAUUUCUAAAGAACUAUUCGUUUCCUACGUUAUUGGAAGAUAAACCAAUAACGAGUUUUAAUGGUACUAAACCAACAUUGAAUAAACAUCAAUCAUCGCCACAAUUGAACUUGGAGGGAACCAUGUUUGGAAACACUACUUUUCUAAACGAUAAAAAUAUGGUCAAACGGAGUAGUAGUGGUGCGACGAGGGUAUCUGUGGAUGAUGUACUCCGAUACUAUCAUGGAUCCAGUGACACAAAUUCACCUCCUCUAUAUGGAUAUGAAUAA